GGAGCGGGGCGAGACGGCAGCUUCUUGGUGCGGGACAGCGAGAGUGUGUCGGGCGCCUACGCCCUCUGCGUGCUGUUCCAGAAGCACGUCCACACCUACCGGAUCCUGCCAGACGAGGACGACUUCCUGGCUGUGCAGACGUCCCAGGGAGUCCAGGUGAGACGCUUCAAGACCGGGAUACCAGGGAGAACGAACCGUGCCCGCAUUGUGGGGACAGAGGAGACCCCGGCCUACGCGCCCCUGAUCCUGCACCCCGCUGUGCGCCCUGCCGGCCAGACAGGAGAACAGGAGCUGGAGAGCCUGGUGCUGAAGCUGUCGGUCCUGAAGGACUUCCUGUCCAGCAUCGAGAAGAAGGCUCUGAAAGCUCUCCAGGACAUGAGCUCCACCGCGCAGUCUGCCCCGGCCCAGCCCUCCUGCCGCAAAGCCAAGAGCAUUCCCGUGCAGGCUUUCGAGGUGAAGCUGGACGUCACCUUGGGGGACCUGACCAAGAUCGGCAAGUCGCAGAAGUACACGCUGAGCGUGGACGUGGAGGGCGGGAAGCUGGUGGUGCUGAAGAAACAGAAAGACUCCCAGGAGGACUGGAACACGUUUACGCACGAGAAGAUCCGACAGCUGAUCAAGUCCCAGCGGGUGCAGAAUAAGCUGGGGAUCGUCUUCGAGAAGGAGAAGGAUAAGACUCAGCGGAAAGAUUUUGUCUUCGUCAGCGCCAGGAAGCGGGAAGCAUUCUGCCAGCUGCUCCAGCUGAUGAAAAACAAACAUUCCAAGCAGGACGAGCCCGACAUGAUCUCCAUCUUCAUCGGCACGUGGAACAUGGGAAGCAUCCCGCCGCCCAAGAACAUCACGUCCUGGUUCACGUCGAAGGGCCUGGGGAAGACCCUGGAUGAGAUGACAGUCACCAUCCCCCACGACAUCUACGUCUUCGGCACCCAGGAGAACUCGAUGGGGGACAAGGAGUGGGUCGACUUCCUGCGGGGCGUGCUGAAAGAGUUCACGGAGAUCGAGUACCGCCCGAUCGCCAUGCAGUCCUUGUGGAACAUUAAGAUUGCCGUCCUGGUGAAACCGGAGCAUGAGAACCGCAUCAGCCACGUCAGCACCUCGAGCGUGAAGACCGGGAUCGCCAACACGCUGGGCAAUAAAGGGGCCGUGGGUGUCUCCUUCAUGUUCAAUGGCACCUCCUUCGGCUUCGUCAAUUGUCACCUGACCUCCGGCAACGAGAAGACAGCCAGGCGGAACCAGAACUACCUGGACAUCCUGCGCUUGCUGUCCCUGGGCGACAAGCAGCUCAGCUCCUUCGACAUCUCGCUCCGCUUCACCCACCUCUUCUGGUUCGGGGACCUCAACUAUCGCCUGGACAUGGACAUCCAGGAGAUCCUCAACUACAUCAGCCACAGGGAGUUCGAGCCGCUGCUCAAGGUCGAUCAGGGGACAUGCUACCCCUCAGGCCUGAUGGGCUGCUGGUCAGACCCCUGCUCCCGCUCAGCCCCCUCCCAGCCCCCCGCACCCUGGCUAGCUCACCCGUGGGGCCUGCUGUUGGCAGGAUGCACCGACGACAUCGUGACCAGCGACCACUCCCCUGUCUUCGGAGCCUUCGAAGUCGGGGUGACCUCCCAGUUUGUCUCCAAGAAAGGGCUCUCCAAGUCCUCAGACCAGGCCUACAUUGAGUUUGAGAGCAUCGAAGCCAUCGUGAAGACGGCCAGCAGGACCAAGUUCUUUAUCGAGUUCUACUCCACCUGCCUGGAAGAGUUCAAGAAGAGCUUCGAGAACGACAUGCAGAGCAGCGACAACAUCAACUUCCUGAAGGUCCAGUGGUCGUCGAGGCAGCUGCCCACGCUGAAACCGAUUCUGUCUGAAAUUGAGUACCUCCAGGACCAGCACCUGCUGCUCACCGUCAAGUCCGUGGAUGGCUACGAAUCCUACGGCGAGUGCGUGAUCGCGCUGAAGUCCAUGAUCGGCAGCACCGCCCAGCAGUUCCUCACCUUCCUGUCCCACCGCGGGGAGGAAACGGGCAACAUCCGGGGUUCCAUGAAGGUCCGGGCCAGGACUCCUGGGUUCCAUUUGGGGCUUCUUCCACGGACUUGUGUGGAAUUAACACCCCCCGCUGAGCUCCUGUCCUCUCCCCCCUCCAGUGACAUCACGGACGAGGACCUGGAGGAGGCCGGGGUGCUGGAUCCCAACCACAAGCGCCUCUUGGCCUCUCCUGAACCUUACACGUUUUUGAUUGGGAAUUCACUUCUCCCUGGGAGAGGAGGAAACCUUUCUCCUCGCUGUGUGAAGGCUGACUAUGGACUGUGA